CCAUGUCAGUCAAUAUUUUGAUUAUGUAUUUGUAAGGGUAAUUGUGUUAUUUUCGUAAUGUGGGGUGGGACAGAACAAAAAAUUGGAUAAUCAAUGAAUUUGCAUCACACUUUGUUUAGCUGAUAGCUCUUUUUAUGCCGAACAGACGCAAAUAAAGUAGACGUUGCUGCUGAAGUCGCCGCCCGGCUAAGAUGCCGUACACGGAGAAGUAUCUGCGGGACAGACUGAUCGCCGGACUGGAGGCAGCUCACGUGGAGGUGGUGGACGAAUCAGACGGCUGUGGCGGAAAGUUUUCCGUACUGAUCGUCUCCAAGCAGUUCGAGGGAAAGCCGCUGCUGGCCCGUCACAGGCUGGUCAACUCGCUGCUCAGUGAGGAACUGAAGGACAUCCACGCGUUCUCGCAGAAGACACUGACUCCUAAGCAGUGGGAGGAGCGACAGCAGCAGUAGCAGCAGCAUGGCCUCGAAGCAGCGCGGCCAGCCGGUGCUGCGCGUGUCCGCUCCGGGCAAGGUGAUUCUGUUCGGCGAGCACUCCGUGGUGUACAAGCGUCUGGCGGUGGCCGUCUCAGUGAGCCUGCGCACCCGGCUGAACCUGUACCAGACGGACGGCGAGGUGAGCCUCGACCUGCCCGACAUCGGCCUGCAGCGCUGCUGGCGCGCCGACCAGCUGCGCGCCUGGAUCGGAGGUCUGGUGCACGCCGAGUGGCACACGCCGCAGCCGGCCAGCGAGCCGCUGCGCCACGCGCUGCUCGAAGCCGUCCGGCGCCGAGAGCCCGACAUCAGCGCGCAGCACGCCCUGGCGCUGGUCUCCUUCUUUUACCUGUACUGCAGUCUGUGUCCGGGCUUCCCGGGCCUGCACGUGGAGGUGCGCUCGGAGCUGCCGACCGGCGCCGGCCUGGGCAGCUCGGCCGCCUACGGGGUCAGCCUGGUGACGGCGCUGCUGUACCGAUACCACCAGGUGGCCAACUCGCAGCACGAGCGGCUCACGCUGCGCACUGGCGAGCCGGUGCGGCCGGACGCGGCCACGCGGGCGCUCAUCUCCGAGUGGGCGCUGGCCAGCGACAAAAUCAUCCACGGCAACGCCAGCGGCAUCGACAACAGCGUCAGCACGCACGGCGGCGCGCUCACCUUCCGGGCCGGCGUGAUCGAGCCACUACAGGACGCUCAGCUGAUCCAGGUGCUGCUGGUGGACACGCGUGUUCCGCGUAACACGCGCGCCAUGGUGGCCCACGUGCACGAGCAGCUGGCUGACGACCGGUUCUCUGCGGCGCUGGAGCCGGUGCUCGACUCGAUGCAGGCGGUCUCGGAGUCGGCGCUGGCGGCGCUGGCGGACGGCGACCAGCCGGCGCUGGCGCGCCUGGUGGGCCUGAACCAGGCGCUGCUGGCCGCCCUUGGCGUGUCGCACCCGGCGCUGGACGCCGUCUGCCUGGCGGCGGCGCGCCGCGGCCUGCCCGCCAAACUGACGGGCGCCGGCGGCGGCGGCUUCGCGCUGGUGAUGCUGCCUGCCGGGACACCGGAGCACGCCGCCGCCGCCGUCCGCGACGACCUCGACCGGCUCGGUUACGGCGUGUACGACGUCCAGGUGGCCGGGGAAGGUGUGCUCGUGCAGAACCUGGCCGUCUGACCGGCCGACACCCAACACAUCUCGCCCAGAUUUCUACGGCACCGUAUUUAUUCCAGUCCGGUCACCGGGCGGCCAGACUCGUCUUGCCUGCCGCCGGUCGCUGACGCUUUCACUGCUGUUGAUAAUAAUGAUUAUAAUACAAUGACAUCUGAUA